AUGAUCAACUUCCCAGAAAACCCCUCAAAUAUUCCUUGCAUUCAAUAUUCCCCAUCAUUCUUUAUAUAGUAACAAAAAAACCAAAACCUUUUCAACAAAUUAAAUAAUUAAAAAGGAACUCCUAUAUAUAUUAACAUAUAUUCUGUAUAUACUUCCAUGUUAUGUCAUAUGUGUUGUUUUGUUUGAACUAAAGGGCUCUGAAAAAAUUAGCGGUUCAACAAAAACAAAGAAGAAGAGUUUUAGUUUUUGGUUGAAGUGUAAAGUUGUUAAACAAGUUAUUGUCAAACCGAUAAUAUCAGUAGCAGUUGAAGUUAAAAAAAUAAAAUUAGUGAAAACCUCCAAACACUUCCUUACCACACCUUCUUCUUCCAUCUUCUUCUGCAACAAUUCUGGAUCAUCCCAAAAUGGAAGAUAUGGGUGCUGAGAAACAAAAACUACUUGGAGAAUCUGAAGAAAAGGGUGUUAAGGAAAUUUGUGUAUCUGAUCAUAUAAAUGGAUUGCAAUACACAAGCACAAAAUCAGAAAGCUUUGUUGUGGACAUGGAACGUUUUUCUCAUAUCAUAGAGAGAGAUAUAAAUGCCAAUUCAAGAAUUACUUUACAGAGGAACCUUUCAAGAAAAGGAUCAUUUCGAAGCGGCGAAAAGAAAACAAAUUCAAAUGCUGUCAAUGAGAAAGACACUAACUUCACGGCAAGUUCCCCUAGAGGUAAUUCAUUGCUAGGAGGAGGUAGCACGCCAGAAAAGCCUAUGACAUUGACUGGUACUAGUAGUGAUCAUUCUGCCCCACAAACCCAUAACCAUCAGAUCACUAUAGUGACCGGCCAUGGCGGUGCCACUGCCACCGAAAGCAAAGUUGGUGGCAGAAGAUUCAGUUUCAGACGAUCUUCCUCCUCUUGGACAAUUGAUCCCAGGAGGAUCCUUCUCUUCUUUGCUACCUUGUCAAGUAUGGGAACAAUGUUAUUGAUCUAUUUUACAUUAUCCAUUGCCAAGCUCAACGGAGAAGAGAAUAUUUCUGAUCUUAAUGGAUGAUAAAGCAUGAAGAAGGCGAUAUUUCUAACUUAGAAGCCUGUAUACUAUAAUGUAGAAGCAGCUGCAGAAAUGACACGAGCAUAAAGAUGGUGGAACAAUGAAAAAGGUAUAAAGGGCUAAAAGUACAGAUAGAACUUCCAUUAGUAGACUAGUUUCUAAAGACAGAAUGUAUCACUUUCAUCAUGCUGCCUUUUGUUGUAAGACAAGAAUAGAAUGCCAUCAUGACAAAUAUUGGCAAUAUUCUGUUAUAAUGAGUGGCAAAGAUCACAAAGAAAUGUAUACCUUUACCUUUUCUUUGUUAGGUUCUCUUUUUGUAAUAUUUGACCAGCAUAGCGGAGAACCAGAUGUUACCUUUUCC